AUGAAAGAGGAUUUCACGCGACUACACAUUACUCCCUUCAACCCCGACCUGCUUCCCGUUGUCCUAGGUCCAACCCUUCUCACCUCGGCGGCUAACAUCUGUUUCAACUCUAUUCAAACAUUUCCAGAGAGUAAUUACGGCUACCUUGAUCUCCCUGUCAUGGACGCAGAAAAGGUAAAAAAAAGGGUCAAUGGCGCCAUUUUGAAAGGAAAGAGAAUCAAAGUCGAGGAGGCCCGCCCCAGUAAGCGCAGACGCAUCGAAGAACCGGGCAAUGGAACAACUCCUCCUAAGGAAGGUGCAACAGAAGAUAGGAAGCGCAAAAGGUCUAAGAAAGAGAAGAAGGAGCACAACGUAAUACCCGGGCAUUUAUUACCCGCUAAUCGCAAGGUCAAGCGUGGAUGGACGGAAGCCUACCAAAACAAAUUAAGCAAAACCAACAAGGGAGAAACCAAGGUUCCAGCGUCAAAGUACUCAGACAAGGAUGAGCUGUUGUUCAGAACGAAACUUCCAGAAAAUCGUUUGGAUGCAGGAAAUCAAGGCAACGAAAGGGGAAAGACCAAACAGGCUCAAGGUGGUCAUGUCGUGCAUGAAUUUGCAAAGUCAACCAAGCAGCCAUCAUUCCUAAGACAGGAAGUGGGCUUGGGUAUUAAGAACAAUCUUGAAUACAUGGAAGGGCAAGGUUGGGUCAAUGAAGCUGGCGAGACUGUCGAGCAGGAAUCCAAACGGGUCCUGAGGCAACGAGAGACUUCAAUCGCGGCUAGUCGCUCAAAGCCACCAGCACCAAGGAUUUCCAGGCCCUCGCCCGUACCAUCUUCAUCAUUUUCGGAAGACGACGACGACGACGACGCAGCAUCACAAAUGUCUCAAGGUUUGCAAGUAGAGGUUGGUCAGCCAGCGAGAAUUUAUGAUGAUGAUGAUGAGACAAGCAGCUCCGGCAUUUCAUCAGUCUCAGAACCAGAUGGUUCAGAUGACGCGAGUGGAAAUGAGAAUGACCGUGAUGCGGAAGAAAAAGAAGAAACUAUUGAAAACCGGGUCCAUCCUCUGGAGGCUUUAUUCAAGAAACCGAAAAAGCCCACAUCUGACGACAUUGCAAAGCCAUCUUUAGAAGUGUCCACCUCCUUCUCGUUUUUCGACCCACAGGAUGAGGAUGAGGCCGACGAAGAGCCACGGAUACCCGGAACCCCUUUCAGCUCACAGGAUAUCCGGGCACGAGGACUGCGGAGUGCAGCACCCACUCCUGACACCGCUUACCCCAGCAGAUUCAACAGCUACGGCAGUACGGGUCUUCCAGGCGAUGAAGUGAAUGACGAUGAUGACGAUGACGAACUAGGAAAAUCUCACAACCCAAAGAAGGGAGUAGAUUCGACAAAAUCACGGACCGCCACUCCGUCGCGCAAUCAAAGCGAGUUUGAAAAGAAGUUUUGGGAAAACCGAGGCGAGAACAAUCGUGCUUGGAAACAGCGGCGUCGGACGGUGCUGAAGGAGAAGCGCCAGCGCGAAAACAAGGUACACAAACCUAAGAAUUGGUGA